GAGCGCAAGCAAGCAAUACCUGUAAGAGAAUGCCUUGGCACAAUAGUGUAUAUAUAUAUAUAUAUGUAAACCUGGGAAGCAAAGGCGGGGGAUUGAUUCGAAAUUGAAGAAAAAUCAAUCUCUUCCUUGUUACAGAAAAUAGAAUUGCAUGAGAUUCUCGAUAUUAUCCCUCCAUAUCUAUAAACUAUAAAACCUGUCUCGAAUCUCUUAACAGUGGUACUGCCUCUAAAUCUACCUACAAGGGUUGCUAUCACCUUCAAGCAUUGCAUCUUUUUUUUCCUUUCCUUUUUUCACUCUUCAAACUAUGCAUCUCUUUGUAAUCAAGGCUUAUUAUUAUUUUGGUUUCUUAGAAGUAUAAAGCUAGGUUUUGGUCUUAUGCUAAUCUUUUUUUCUUGUUUUUGGUUUGUUUUAGCUAAAAUCUUUAUUCAUUGUUUAUGCUAAAGAAUGCUAGGCUUACUACAUGGCACCCUUUCUGUAACAAUAUUUGAGGUUGACAAAUUACAAACUGGGUGUGGUUUCAAUUUCUUCAGUAGGGGUCCCGGACAGCAAAAUUGUGGAAAGAGAUUUCUGUCCCAAGUCAAGAGAGUGGUUCUUUGCAGGCCUGAGAUUGUUGGUACUGGACUGUAUGCGACAGUUGAUCUGGACAAGGCAAGGGUUGGAAGAACGAGAAAGUUAGAAGACCAACACUAUAAUCCUCAGUGGUACGAGUCCUUCCAUAUAUACUGCGCCCAUUUGAUCUCACAUGUUAUAUUCACAAUCAAAGAUGAUCAAUUUGUUGGGGCAUCAUUAAUUGGAAGAGCUUAUAUUCCUGUUGAAGAUGUCAUCACAGGGUAUAUAAUCGACCGAUGGGUAGAGAUACUAGAUGAGCAGCGUAAUCCAAUCGGUUCCAAGAUUCAUGUUAAGCUGCAAUUCCUGAAUGUUACUCAGGACAGUAGUUGGUCUCAGGGGAUCAAAACUCCACGCUAUGAUGGUGUUCCUUACGCAUUCUUUAAUCAAAGACAGGGUUGUCGUGUUACUCUAUAUCAGGAUGCUCAUGUUCCUAACAAUUUUAUUCCUAGAAUUCCUGUUGAAGGAAAGAGUUACGAAGCUCAAAGGUGCUGGGAAGACAUCUUUGACGCCAUCACCGAUGCCAAGUAUCUUAUUUAUAUAACUGGUUGGUCUGUGUAUACUGAAAUAACUAUGGUAAGGGAUCCUCAUAGGCCUAAACCUGGAGGCGAUAUGAAACUCGGGGAGCUGCUCAAGAAGAAAGCUGAUGAAGGUGUGAAAGUACUCGUGCUGGUUUGGGAUGACAGAACUUCUGUCAAGCAAUUUAAGGAGGAUGGCCUAAUGGGAACUCAUGAUCAAGAAACUGAAGAGUACUUCAGGAAUACCAACGUGCAUUGCAUUUUGUGCCCUCGUAAUCCUGAUGAUAGAAGAAGCAUUAUUCAGGGAUUUCAGAUCUCAACCAUGUUUACACACCAUCAGAAGACGGUGAUUGUUGAUUCUGAAAUGUCCGACAAUGCUUCACAGAAAAGAAGCAUUGUCAGUUUCAUUGGAGGCAUUGAUCUUUGUGACGGGAGAUAUGAUACACAAGAACAUCCUCUAUUCAACACUUUGGGCAGCAUCCAUUAUGACGAUUUCCAUCAACCUAACUUUCCAGGCUCCUCAAUCCAGAAAGGCGGUCCAAGGGAACCUUGGCAUGAUAUUCAUUGCAAGCUAGAAGGACCUGUCGCGUGGGAUGUCCUCUACAAUUUCGAGCAGAGAUGGAAAAAGCAAGUUGGCGAUAAAUUCCUUAUCCCACAAAAUGAGCUCCAAGCAAAAAUAAUCCCGCCAUUGCCUGUAUUGCAAUCAACAGAUACCGAGGCGUGGAAUGUCCAGUUAUUCCGUUCCAUUGAUGGUGGAGCCGUUUCGGGGUUCCCUGAGAAACCUGAGGAAGCAGCUGCAGUUGGCCUUGUUAGUGGAAAGGACAAUAUCAUUGACAGGAGCAUUCAAGAUGCUUAUAUCAAUGCAAUUCGGCGUGCGAAGAAUUUUAUCUACAUUGAAAAUCAGUACUUCCUUGGAAGCUCAUAUGGCUGGAGAUCGAAAGAUAUCAAGGUGGAGGACAUAAAUGCUUUGCAUCUUAUCCCAAAGGAGCUAUCCCUAAAGAUCGUUAGUAAGAUAGAUGCAGGAGAAAGAUUCAGUGUCUACAUUGUGAUCCCAAUGUGGCCAGAAGGUAUACCUGAGAGUGCAUCUGUUCAGGCAAUACUAGACUGGCAAAGAAGAACAAUGGAGAUGAUGUACUCUGAUAUUGCUGAAGCCCUUAAGAGGAAUGGAAUUCAAGCACAUCCUAGAGAGUAUCUAUCAUUUUUCUGUCUUGGAAACAGGGAAGCAAAAAAGACAGAAGAAUAUGCACCUUCAGAGAUACCUGAACCUGAUUCUGAUUAUGCAAGAGCUCAGCUGGCCCGUCGUUUCAUGAUCUACGUUCACUCAAAAAUGAUGAUCGUUGAUGAUGAGUACAUAAUCAUUGGAUCAGCGAACAUCAACCAGAGGUCAAUGGAUGGUGCAAGGGACACAGAAAUAGCAAUGGGAGCAUUCCAACCACAUCAUUUGGCAACUCAGCAGAAUCCUGCCAGGGGACAGAUAUGCGGUUUCAGAUUGGCACUAUGGUAUGAGCAUCUUGGGUUUCUUGAGCUUUCCUUCCAACAUCCAGAAAGCUCGAACUGUAUUAAAAGACUGAAUCAGAUUGCUGAUGAUCUUUGGGAAAGCUACGCAAGUGAAACUUUAGAUCAGGAUUUUGUCGGUCACCUGCUUCGCUAUCCAAUUGAAGUCGACAGCAAUGGAACUGUUACAACUCUGCCAGGAACUGAGCACUUUCCUGAUACCAAGGCUCGUAUCCUUGGCGCAAAAUCUGAUUUCCUUCCUCCAGUUCUCACCACCUAGCUUCAUCUUUAAUUGAACACGGUCAUUAAAUAUUGUACUAAAAGCAUUUCAAUGACUGUAUAUAUCGAUACUGCCAUAUGCAAAAGACAAUUAUUGAAUUCAAUCAUUAUUACUUUA